AUGGACCCCAACCGGAUCAUCCAGGCGCUGAAAGGCACCAUCGAUCCCAAGCUGCGCAUCGCAGCCGAGAAUGAGCUCAACCAGUCCUACAAGAUUAUCAAUUUUGCUCCCAGCCUGCUUCAGAUCAUAGUCUCAGACCAAGUCGAAUUCCCGGUACGGCAAGCGGCUGCCAUUUACCUGAAGAACAUGGUGACGCAGUACUGGCCAGAUCGGGAACCUCCGCCUGGAGAAGCGAUAUUUCCAUUCAACAUUCACGAAAACGAUCGCCAGCAGAUUCGAGAUAACAUUGUGGAAGGAAUAAUUCGGUCUCCAGACUUAGUGAGAGUCCAGCUAACCAUGUGUCUCCGGGCCAUCAUCAAGCACGACUUUCCUGGUCACUGGACAGCUGUCGUAGACAAGAUCGGCUACUACUUGCAGUCUCAGAGCAGCGGCAGCUGGCUGGGCAGCUUGCUGUGUCUGUACCAGCUCGUGAAGACCUACGAAUACAAGAAGUCGGAGGAGAGAGAGCCUCUGAUCGCGGCCAUGCAUGUCUUCCUGCCGCGGAUCCAGCAGCAGAUCAUCCAGCUCCUUCCCGAUCCCUCCCAUUACUCGGUGCUGCUUCAGAAGCAGAUCCUCAAGAUUUUCUAUGCUCUCGUGCAGUACGCGUUACCGCUGCAGCUGGUGAACAACCAGACGAUGAUGCAUUGGAUGGAGAUCUUCCGCACCAUCAUUGACAGGAUGGUGCCCCCCGAGACUUUACAAAUUGAUGAAGACGAUAGACCCGAGCUGGUGUGGUGGAAGUGUAAGAAGUGGGCCUUACAUAUUGUAGCUCGUCUUUUUGAACGAUAUGGAAGCCCAGGAAAUGUGACCAAGGAAUACUUUGAAUUUUCAGAAUUCUUUUUGAAAACUUAUGCAGUUGGAAUCCAACAGGUACUUUUAAAAAUUUUAAACCAGUAUAGACAGAAAGAAUACGUCGCUCCGCGUGUUCUUCAGCAGACGCUGAAUUAUCUUAAUCAAGGGGUCGUUCAUUCUGUAACCUGGAAGCAGAUGAAGCCACACAUACAGAACAUAUGUGAAGACGUGAUUUUCACUGUGAUGUGUUACAAAGACGAGGACGAAGAGCUGUGGCAGGAAGAUCCGUAUGAAUAUAUCCGGAUGAAGUUUGAUGUUUUUGAAGAUUACGCAUCUCCCACAACGGCAGCUCAGAACCUGCUCUAUACUGCCGCAAAGAAAAGAAAAGAGGUGUUGCCCAAAAUGAUGUCGUUUUGUUAUCAAAUCCUUACAGAACCGAACUUUGACCCCAGGAAGAAAGAUGGAGCAUUGCAUGUGAUAGGUUCCUUAGCUGAUAUUCUAUUGAAGAAGAGUAUAUUCAAGGACCAAAUGGAGUUGAUGCUGCAGAAUCAUGUAUUUCCAUUGUUUUUGUCUAACCUGGGAUACCUCAGAGCAAGAUCCUGUUGGGUUCUUCAUUCAUUCAGCACUUUGAAAUUCCAUAAUGAGCUCAACCUAAGAAAUGCAGUUGAACUAACAAAAAAGAGCCUGAUCGAAGACAAGGAAAUGCCUGUCAAAGUGGAGGCUGCAAUAGCUCUUCAGUCAUUAAUUUGUAAUCAGGAACAAGCCAAAGAGUACGUGAAGCCGCACGUGAGGCCUGUCAUGCAGGAACUCUUACACAUCGUCAGGGAGACUGAAAAUGAUGACGUCACGAACGUCAUCCAGAAGAUGAUCUGCGAGUACAGCCAGGAGGUGGCCACUUUCGCCGUGGACAUGACCCAGCACUUGGCUGAGAUCUUUGGCAAAGUCCUUCAUAGUGAUGAAUAUGAAGAAGUAGAGGACAAAACCGUUAUGGCUAUGGGAAUUUUGCACACUAUUGAUACUAUUCUGACGGUCGUGGAAGAUCAUAAAGAGAUAACUCAGCAGUUGGAGAGCAUUUGUCUUCGGAUCAUUGGCCUUGUUCUGCAAAAGCACGUGAUAGAAUUUUAUGAAGAAAUUCUUUCAUUGGCCUAUAGCUUGACCUGCCAGAUGAUUUCGCCCCAGAUGUGGCAGCUGUUGGGCAUACUGUUUGAAGUUUUUCAGCAGGAUUGCUUUGAAUACUUUGCAGACAUGAUGCCUCUCCUGCAUAACUAUGUCACUAUAGACACGGCUACUUUACUAUCCAAUCCCAAGCAUUUAGAGAUCAUUUACACAAUGUGUAGAAAGGUAUUGACUGGAGACGCAGGAGAAGACGCAGAGUGUCACGCAGCCAAACUGCUAGAAGUCAUCGUUCUUCAGUGCAGAGGAAGAGGAAUUGAUCAGUGCAUUCCACUGUUUGUGGAGGUUGUGUUGGAGAGAUUGACCAGAGGGGUUAAAACGAGCGAGCUGCGGACCAUGUGUCUCCAGGUGGCCAUCGCCGCCCUCUACUACAACCCCGACCUGCUCUUGCACACUUUGGAGCGCCUUCAUUUCCCGCAGAACCCCGGACCGAUCACCGCACAGUUCGUCAACCAGUGGAUGAACGACACCGACUGCUUCCUGGGGCAUCAUGACCGCAAGAUGUGCAUCAUCGGCCUGAGCAUCUUGCUGGACUUGCAGAGCCGGCCGCCUGCCGUCGACGCCGUGGCCGGACAGAUCGUUCCUUCGAUCCUUUUCCUUUUCUUGGGCCUCAAACACGUGUGUACCACCAGACAACUCCCCGACCCGGAAGAUCGUUCUAAGGAGGAAAAGGCGGAGGCAGAAGUCAAUGAGGAAAUUCCAAGUGAUGAGGAAGACACAAAUGAAACCAGUCAAGCGAUGCACGAGAACAACGGCGGAGGAGACGAAGACGAGGAAGAAGACGACGAUGACUGGGAUGAAGAUGUUUUGGAAGAGACGGCUCUGGAAGGGUUCAGCACUCCCCUCGAUCUUGAAGACAGUGUGGAUGAAUAUCAGUUUUUUACACAGGCGCUCCUAAAUGUGCAGCGACGGGACGCCGCCUGGUACCAUUUGUUGACGGCGUCGCUCAGUGAGGAACAGAAGAAGGCGUUACAGGAGAUUUACACGCUGGCAGAGCACCGGAGGAAUGCCACGGAGACAAAGAAGAUCGAACAACAAGGAGGCUUCCCGUUCGAUAAUAAGGGCAUCCUGCCGGCAUUUAGCUUUGGAGCUGUACCUAGCAGCAACUGAAGACAGCCAUGCCAACGACGGAAUUUCGUCAUUGCAUGUUAUUUCGCAGUGGUUAUUGACUUUGGAGGAAGAAGGGGAAGAGACGAGGGGAAUUUUCCUUUUUUAGUGGGCUGCUCUGCCGCUUUCCGUAAGCGGCACUUUGAGCUCCUUCCCCUGCUCCUUGCAUUUUAUACAGCCACAGUAAUGUAUGAAAUUUUAGGAAAGAAAAAUGUUGGACUUAAAAAACAAACCGUAUACUCCAAAGGAUGAUCGACUAAGGUGGGUUAGACUGAAUCGAAUUGCACUUCUCAGGUUUUUGCCAUGUAUAAUUGGUGGAUUUAUAUAUGGAUAAUAGUGCCUUCUGUUGUACAUGGAUUGCCUGCAAAAAAAAAAAAAAAAAAUGGAGUGCAUUGCAGUUUUCUUAGGCCUAUUACACUCUUAACACUUGGUUCUCCGUUUUCCUGUUCUGCGUUUUGCUACAUGAAUCUAUUGUUGGGUACUCAGUUCUAGUUCCCUCGGGUUUCAAAAACAGAUAUGCUGCCCUACUCAGAAAUGCCUCUGGGAAAUUUCUUCAGGAGUUGGAAAAUAUGCAUGGCACGGAUAAAAGUUUCCUUUGGGAAAAAGUUUAGGCGUUUCUUUGUGAAGAAUGGUACAGCUUUUUCUGCCCUUCCCCGCUCCCCCCGGCCCUUUUCUGCUUCAGAGAGUUAAGAGUUUUCUUUCAGGGACGGUCAGUAAGAGAAUUAUCCUGGGAGCUUCAGGAAGGAAUCGCCCUCCUCAGCAGUAAAGGAGGCCUGUGAUUUUCAUGAUGUUAAUUGGUUACUCAGUAAAAUAAAGCACCCGGAAGUCCCAGAAACGUGUGCUACGCAAGCAAGCACGCUGGCUUUCUGGAGACAAGACAUUUCUUCGAACAAGUCCGUUCCCAUUCCAGCUGCA